AGAUUUCAUGACCGUAAGCUAGCUCAGAUGACUUGAAUGUCCAAAGUCAUAAUGAAGAAAGCACUGCUUGAGCUUGAUCCGCAGGCAGAUGCCCUGUUGAUUUUACAGUGUCCGAAUUUGCAGCAGAUUCAUGAGCCAAUAGAACAAGAAAUAUCAUCGGGAAAAAAGGCCGUUGAGAUCAACUCGUCUCAAAAACAACAAGGCGAUGCUACGAAGCCACCGGUGACCAAGAAUGAAAUGGCAUCGCUACAACCAUACCUGCAAAAUGGCCAUCCGAACCAUAUUGAAUUUCACGUCUCUGCCAAGCAUCUCUGUCUCGCAUCGCCAGUCUUCAGAAAGAUGAUCCAAGGGGAAUACCAGGAGUCAAAACCUAAUAAUAAAGGAAUGUUGGAAAUCAAAGCCUCCGACUGGAAUGCUGAAGCCUUCCUCACAGUGCUUGAUAUUAUACACAGCCAUCACGACAGCGUACCAGGCAACCUACCAAUGGAUGCCAUAGCGCAAGUUGGGGUCAUUGUCGACUAUUAUGACUGCCGGGAGGUCGUACAGAUAUUCUUCGAAUCCUGGCGCCAAUCGAUAACAAACUUUUUAGGAUACUCGCUCUGGCCCUUUCACGGAAACGUUAUCGACGAUGUAGGGUAUUUUGGCCAUGAUGAGACAAUUGUGUUGUUCCUCGCCAGGACAUUUGCACAUACACCAUGCUUCAAGGGACUAACAAGAUCCGCAAUACUCAAUACGUUUGGACUUAUCGAAACAUGUCUGCCGAUUCCAGCUCAAAUCCUGGAAAAAAUAAAUCAUAUGCGCUGCGAGCUCAUAGAUGAGCUGUUUUCCCGAUUGUACAGCUUGCAAGAAGACCUUGUUGUGGGACGUGUUGGCUGCACUCUAGAAUGCUCUUGCAGACUUCUUGGAUACCUCAUGAAACAAAUGCGGGAGAGGAAUCUUCCAAUGGAAAAGCCCAGUGAGCCUUUCCGAGGUUACAGUGUUGUUUCUGUAGUGAAGCUCAUUCGUGGCAUCAAGACUCCUAACUGGCGCACCCACAAGAGUCUCGAUCCCUGUAAGCUCGAGAAGAGCUUGGGCCUGUAUCAGAACGGGAAAGACCUAGGCAUUGCUGUGCCAGGUCUAGAUCUAGAAGACUUCCAGUAAUGGGGCCUCGUAGCUUAUAAUAAUAGAUUGGUUGGAAAC